CUCUCGCUCACCAUCGCUCGUUGCUUUUGCGUCUUCCGCCUUCGUUCACUCGCCCGCGCUGUGUUGAACAUCUGUUUGACAUCAACUCAAAGGGAAAAGCCGCGCCUUACUCCCUCCCGAGCUCACACUCUUUUUCGUCCUUGGCCAAAAUGAAGACCGCCGCUGCCAUCCUCGCCCUCUCCGGGCUCGCCGCCGCCGCCGCCAUUGACUUUUCCAAGUUCCCAGCGUGUUCGGUCCCUUGCCUCCAGGAAGCCAUCCCCUUGUCGGGCUGCACGGACCCCAACGACGUGGCCUGCUUCUGCAAGCCCGAGACGGUGCAGAAGAUGACGGCCAACGCCCUCAAGUGCCUUUUGGACAAGUGCGAUGCGUCCAAGAUUGUGGAAGUCAAGAAUGCAAGCGACGAGAUUUGCGCCAGCGUCGGCAAGAGCGUCGACAUGCCCAGCGGGACGCCGACGCCGCCGCCGACGGGCGUGGCGGCCCCGAGCUCCGCCUCGGCGCCGGCCGAUGGCUCCACCAGCGCCGUCGCCGCCACCACGAGCGGGGCCGCCCAGCCAACCGGCACGGGCGCUCUCACGCCCACGGCAAGCCAGCCCGCCAUCACGGCCGGUGCCAACGCCGGCCCUAUGGUUGGUGCCAUCGCCGCCGUUGUCGCCGUCGCCGUUGCCCUGUAA